AUGGGGGAUCCCUUUACAUACAUAAGGAAUGGAGAAAUACUGACAGGUGAGGAUGGAAUAAUAGCGAAAGUGAAAGCCAAGGCAUCGGAUGUGGUCAACAAAUUGAAGAAAUCUCUAAAUAUCGAUAAAUCCAGAUCUAUUGAAGAAGUUCCGGACGAGCUGAUCAAUAAUUUGGUGUCUGCUUUCAAAGAUGGCGCCUUGAAGUUUAAACCGGGUCUGGAAACAAAGAGAGAUAACUCCAGUUUAAAGACGACGUCAAACCAAUCGACUGAAAUAAACCACUCGACAGACGGUAAUAAAAACGUCACUGUUAAAAACUCAACCAAAGAAGGUUCGGCGACAUGGAAAGAUGGUGGUCACGCCACAUUCACCUUGGGUGGUGAUCAUAUUGUUGAUGGUGGAGCCGGUGCGUAUCUUGAUGCCGACUAUAACAUCUCAUCCAAAAGGACCGAAAAAGAAUCUGAUCCGAACUCUGAUGAUUUUAACUAUAAAGGAGUGGACGUGGAUAAAUCAGCCAAAGGAAAUGUUAAAUUUGGAGGACAUGUGGAGGUUUGUGGAAGACGUUUUGAUGUACCGAUUGAUGUUCACGGUGAAGCCAAUUGCGGGUAUUCCCACUCGAAAGAAGACGGUACAAUUCACUACCAAACAAUUGACGAUAAUAAACUGACGAACACAACAGAAUCAAAGCAUGAACGAUCAGUAGGAGCGAGAUCCAGGGCUUCAGGUGGAUUGUCUGUGAUGAACAAUUCUAUUAAGGCAGAUGCAGGUGCUCGUUUCGACGCUGGAUGCUUCGUAUCUUCAAAACAUGUAGACGGUGAAUCAUUGCCAAAUAUAGAUGGUUACAAAUACGAAGGAACUGAGACUGAAUACGCUGCGGCAGCACACUUCAAUUCAGAUGCUAAUUUAAACGCUUCGGUGGACGUUUUGGGUAAAACAGCAGGUGUAAAUGCCACUGGAAAAUUGAAAGCUGAUGGACGAUCUGUAAAGAUGUCGGCAAGCGGGAAAGUUGCAGCCAAGGCGGUCGAUGCUAAAGCUGAUCUCACAGUUCAAACCGACGAACAGAAAACAUCAAUUGGUGGAGUUCACGCUAAUAUUGGACAAUUUAGCGCACGAGGUAGAGCUGGAAUACAAUGGCCUGGUGCAGAUGAAAAACGUGUGGAAGCCGAGGCUGAUUUCAAUCUAGCGUCAGUAAACGCUCUACAGGCAGAGGUCCGAGAAAAAGAAGAAAGCGACGAAGCGGACAUUCAUAUAAAGGGUGGGUUAGUGAAUGCAAAUAUUGCAAAUGCAAAAGUUGUUGGAAAAAAAACAGGAAAAAAGGCUACAAUGACAAUGGACGGUACGUUGGCCGAGGUGAACGCCGCAAAUGUGUCUAUCACAGGUAUCGAUAACAGAGAAAGCAACAGAACAAGAGUUAACGCCCGUGUUAAGACUACCGCUACAGCUAACAUUGGUAACGUGGAUAUAACUGGACUUGGUUGUAGAGAAACCCGGUUUGAUGUUAACACUGCCCCAGGCGUUGAUGCCUUCAACUUUAGAUGUGGAAUCCAUCGUAAUACUGGGGGAUCUGUUUCAACUAAUCGCACUUCGUUCUGUAAUAUCGACUUGAGCAUAGGUCCACCCAACUGGAAUAUAUCAUUUGGAAACAAUGUUGGAAAUAUCGCUAUUCCAUUUUUUGGAGGGGGAGGAGGAGGAGGAGGAGGAGGAGGUAGUAGCAGCGGAGGAAAUCCGAAUCAAUCCGGUGAGGAAGAUGAUGAUGAUGGUACUGGUGCUGGUGGGAAUGGUACUGGUACUAGUGGAAAUGGUACCGGUAUUGCUGGGAAUGGUACUGGUACUGGUGGAAAUGGUACUAGUGGAAAUGGUACCGGUACUGGUGGGAAUGGUACUGGUACUGGUGGAAAUGGUACCGGUACUGCUGGGAAUGGUACUGAUCGGAAUGGUACUGGUACUGGUGGAAAUGGUACUGGUGGGAAUGGUACUGGUACUGGUGGGAAUGGUACUGAUGGGAAUGGUACUGGUACUGAUGGUAAUGUUACUGGUGGGAAUGGUACUGGUACUGGUGGAAAUGGUACUGGUGGGAAUAGUACCGGUGGAAAUGGUACCGGUACUGGUGGAAUUGGUUACCAGGGUACUGGUAAUAGUGGUAGAACAAUUGGGCAUGGUAGAAAUGGUACUGGUACCAAUGGAAAUGGUACUGGUGGAAUUAGUACCAAUGGAAAUGGUACUGGUGGAAUUGGUUAUCAUGGUACUGGUAGAAAUGGUACCGGUACUGGUGGAAAUGGUUAUCAUGGUACCGGUAAUAGUGGUAGAACAAUUGGACGCGGUGGGAAUGGUCCUGGUACUGGUAGAAAUGGUACUAGUCGCGGUGGAAAUCGCAUUGGCCGCAGUGGAAAUGAUAAUGGUCGCAGUGGAAAUGAUAAUGGCCGCAGUGGAAAUGAUAAUGGUCGCAGUGGAAAUGAUAAUGGCCGCAGUGGAAAUGAUAAUGGCCGCAGUGGAAAUGAUAAUGGUCGCAGUGGAAUUGGUACAGGGUCAAAUAUUUUACUGUCCGACGAUAUUUUGUACUGA